UCAUCUGCUGAGGGCGAGGAUGAUCAUCCGCUGAGGUAGACGUUAUCUUCGAAGGAUGACUCAAAAUUUGGCUAUAACGACUACCCCCCAGUUCCUUGUAACAUAAGUGCGAAAGGGUUUAAAGAAGCAUCGGGCGAGGAAGAUGGUAAGUGCUCGCCUGUUGUUGCCCGUCAUAUAUCAAAAUUUUCGUCUUGGCUCAGAGAUUCUUGCAAAAAUGGUGGAAAAAUCACAUUGGCUACACAAGAGACGCCAACAGGAUUCAAAAGUCCUACCUCGAAGCGUGAGAAAACUGGCCAUUCGGGGCGUGCCACGUGGCUUUGAUGUCAGUAAUUUUCCCGCCUCAUCCUUCCUCUAUAUAAGAGCAGCUCCUUUCAUUCCAAAAGUAUACACACGAAGUGCUGCUGGAUUAUUCUCCUGAAUUGGUAGCAUCAGGCGACGCUUUUCUCAAAGCCUCGCACCUUCUACCGCUUUCAGAAAUUGCAGGAAAGAUGGCCGAACUUCCUUUUGGUAAUAACCCUUUUGCUGGCAGGCAAGUUCCUGUUUCACAGCCUCGCCCCACUAUCUCUGUGAAUGCCACUCCUACUCUUCGCCGGAACCAGACCCCUCCACCGGAGAAAGGAUUGAGGGCGAGGAACAAGCAAAAACGGGGGAACGAAGAGGAAGUUGCAGCCUCAAAAAAGAAACCAAGAAAGGGCGAGGAGUCGACCCCCUCUGUUGUGUCUGUCGCCUUCAGUGUUUUGGCCGAAGACAACUAUGAUGCUGUGGACGUCAAAGUCUGGUCGUCAAAGAAAGCUGAUGAAGCUGAACAUGGCUUCAAGUUAGGAUUGGGCGAGGCGUUUUUUCAGGGCCUCAACGUCCUUGCCGCCAAAAAUGCUCACAUAGCAGAGCUGGAAAAGGCGAACACGAAGCUAAAGAGCGAGGCAACAACGUCCGCGGAUCGUCUGAAAGACCUCCAGAAGAAAUACAAAGAUGAUAUCAAGACAAGGGAUGCCCAGAUCAGGAAUGUUCAGGAUACCCUCAAUGAACUCACUGAGUCCUCAACUUCAGCCGCCAACCUCGCCAACUCUACCAUCGCAGGUCUCCAGUCUGAGCUUGAGGGCGAGAAAGCCUCCAAAUCCAAGGAGCUGAGCGACGCAUACCGCCUUGGGUUCUCGGAAUAUCUUAUCAAUUUCUUGGCUGCGGACCCUGACUACGACUGGACGACGUUCUUCGCCCCUUCUACUCCUGCUUUCAUGGUGGGCUUCAAAGAGGCUAAUGCUACCGCCAUUGAGAAGGCGAGGAAGGAUCUUGAGACGAAGAUCCUUUCAGAGAAGGAGGCGUUGGCCAAGAAAGGUGGCGAGACCACACAGGGCGAGGCAGGAGACAAGGGCGACGGUGAGGCCAUCACCACUGAGCAUCAGAAAGAAUGAACUUUUUAUUUUGAACAGUCCUAAAUACAUUUGGAGUGCGAGCUCUCUGUAAUUGGCCUUGCCAGUUGUAUUUGAAUUCUAACUCUUUUGUUGUUGUAGUCCCGUGCUUUUAAUUUAUCUUGCUUCAUCGUCUUCGCCAUGUCUUUUUGAGAAUAUUUAUACCUGCUUGCACCUCGAGGGUUCAUCCUUCCCUUGACCACUCAUCUUUAAGAUAGCUGCACAGGGCGAGGAUCCAUCCUCGGGCGAGGGUCUUAGCCUCUUAUUUUUAUUCUUCCUUGUAUGCUCAUAAAUGAAGACGAGGAUUCACCCCUCCCUUGACCACUCAUCAUUAGGAUAUCAGGCGAGGACUCUUCUUGUUUUUGGUUGCUUUCCUACGUUUGAGAUAGGCAGAUAUGGCGAGGACCUUGAUGGGGCGCGGACUUCAAUAUUCUUUCUCGUGAAAUCUAAAAGGGCGAGGACUGUCCUUCCCCUUGUUUACUUUCAUCCUCACUUCACGCAUCUCCCUUAUCCGAGUGUCCUCGUCCUCGCCUUUAGCAAAAGGUGAAGUUCUCCCUUGUUCUCAUAUGCAGUCGCCGUCCUCAUGCAUCCGAACAUUGCUUCGCUAGCAUUCAGGGCGAGGACUCUUCAACGGGCGAGGACUGUGCCUCUGGUCUUUGCGUCUUAUUCUUGCUUACUUACUUCGUCUUUUCCUUUGUCCUCGCCUGUAGCAGGGGGCGAGGUUCUUCUUCUUCGUUUCAAAGCUUCUCCGAGUUACUCAACGGUCGGCUUCCCUUGAAGAGUCGCGACCUUUCGCUGAAAACGAGUUCAGAAUACAAAGAGUUCAGACGUACCUCCUCCGGGACAGUAGGGACCUCGUCUACUUAAAUGCCAGGCAUCCAGGACAGUAGGGACAUCAUCUACUUGAAUCCUAGGCAUCCAAGAAGGUAGGUCGUCGCCCUCCACCUUACUUGGGGACAAACAACCUCCGGGAGAGUAGGGAAAUCAUCUACUUAAAUCCCAGGCAUCUAGGACA